ACAGUUCUCUCGUCUCUGGCUUCAUUCUCUUUUCCUCUUUUCGUCUCGUCAGGAAAAAAUGUUUCUGAAGAGUUUUUGUGGGUUUGAGAACAACGACAGCCCGAUCAACUUAACGGAGGGUGAAGAUUCCAUCAAGACUUUUUCGGAGAGAAAAUCAACGGAAGCCUGUAAGAGUCACAAGGAGGCUGAAAGGAGACGCCGGCAGCGUAUCAAUGCCCACUUCUCCACUCUCCGUUCUCUCCUCCCCAACACCACCAAGACGGAUAAGGCUUCGUUGCUGGCGGAGGUUGUCCAUCAUGUGAGGGAGCUAAAGAGGCAAGUUGAAGACGUGGGGCGGCGUCACGGUGACGGUGGUUGCAGUAACAGCCAACGACCAGAGCUUGAGUCGUGGCCAUUUCCAGGGGAAGGCGACGAGGCGACUUUGAGUUUUUAUGAAGAGGAAGAGAAGUUGUUGAAGGCGACGGUUUGCUGCGAGGAUAGGCCAGGUUUGAACCGUGAUUUGAGUCGGGUAAUCAGGUCGUUCCAGGCUAAGGUGGUCCGGGCUGAGAUUACGACGAUUGGUGGGCGGACCAGGAGCGUUGUCGUGUUGCAAUGGAGCGGUGAUGAGGAGGAGAUUGGGCCAUUGAAACGGGCUUUGAGGGCUGUGAUGGAGAAUCGGGUUUCUGGGAUGGCCCAAGUGAUUGGAAGUAAACGGGCUCGAGUUUUUGGGUCGGAUUAUGAAAGUGGUCAUGGGUUUUUGGUUGGCAGCAAUGUUUGA